CGGAGGAGUGGGACCUCCUGACAGUUGGACGAUCUUCAGCGUGUCAACAUUACAGAAAUGAGCAGCAGACAGCGUCUAAACACGCUCACUACCGCGUGUGUCAGCGACCUCUUUACGUGAACAUUUCGAGGAGCAGCGCAGACGGCCGGCUGAACCUCAAUUAGCAGCAGCGGCGGCAGCAGGAGGAGGAAUAGGAGGAGUCCUGAAUCUGACAUGCUGAUAGAGGAGUAUCAACCCCACUGAUGGAAACCCAGAGUAAGAGCUCUUGGGACGAUGGCAGCGGCGGCGAGCGAGGACUGCUCCACUCUUGGAAGGGCUACUCUUACAGCAUCACCCCAGAGAGGCUGCUCCUCCCCCGGCCGGUCCUCCAGGUCGCUCUGGGUUCGCAGCAUGGCGUUCUCCUGGUGGAAGGGGGACAGGUGUACAGCUUUGGCGAGUUGCCGUGGAAGCAGAGUCAAGUGCCAGAGCCAGCCAAACCGACCCUGGAGAGCGCGCUCAGUGGGCAGCGGGUGGUCACAGUCGCAGCCGGAAGCUUUCACAGUGGGGCAGUGACGGAGGAUGGCGGCGUCCACAUGUGGGGGGAGAACAGUGCGGGACAGUGCGGCUUGUCGGGCCUUAGCACUGUUCCCAACCCGACUCCCGUCGCCCUGCAGGACUUGGACACUGUCACUGUCCCCCCGCAGACGGUGCCUGUGCUGGAGCUGGCUUGUGGGGAGAAGCACACCCUGGCUCUGUCGGUGCAGCGUGAGGUGUGGGCAUGGGGCAGCGGUUGCCAGCUGGGCCUCAAUGCCGCCGUCUUCCCUGUGUGGAAGCCUCAGAAGGUGGAGCACCUGGCAGGUCGGUAUGUUUUACAGGUGGCCUGCGGGGCAUCUCACAGCCUCGCUCUGGUGCGCUGCCUGGGGUCUCACGAUGGCCACCGGCCUCAUGUGGACAAAUGUGGGAGGUGUAACGAACUGCUCUACACCAUGACAGACAAAGAGGACCACGUCAUCAUCUCUGACAGCCACUACUGCCCGCUUGGCGUGGAGCUGACCGAGGAUGACGGCAAGCUGGAGGCACCCAACCCAACCACAGGUCUCAAAACAUCCCCAUCAGAGCCUGUCCUCCCCUCCUACACCUCAAAGUCAGAGUCCCCGGCAGUGCCUACAGUUGCUGACCCCACCUCUGUCCCCUCCCAACCUCAUGCCUCUGAGGAAGGGGAAGCAUCUUUGGUUAAUGGCAUGCUCCAGGUCACAGACUCAGACACCUCGGCUCUAUCUGGAGCUGAGAGUGAUGCUGUUGCCGGGGCCAAGAGCUCACCAUAUCCAGACGAGCAGGCCGUGAAGGACUACCUGAAGAAGCUGUCCGACAACACACAGACGAACACACAGGCAAGCGGAGGGCUGAACGCUCUGCUGCCCUCAACUGGAGGACUGAUGUCCUCCACCCCCACCUCGGCACUCAACAACCUGGUUGCCUCCUGCGCCUCUGCAGUGGGCGGGCGGGUGGCCUCCACCUACGAGGCCCUGUCCCUGAAAAAGAUGAUGAACUUCUACCUCCCCUCAGGGGCCUCGCGGUCAGGAGGAUCCCCUGGAGUGGUCGAUAACUCUGCUGAGCGUGUCCGCCAGGAGGACUCCAUGCAGGGGAAGAAGAGCUCCAGCACAGGGGACAUCCGUGAAGAGGAGGCAGAGGGUCUGCGACGCCGCCUCUCGCUGCCAGGGCUGCUCUCACAGGUGUCACCGCGACUGCUAAGGAAAGCCGGUCGUCCCAAAAUGCGAGCGGUCGCCCUCACCCCGCUGGGAGGGGCCAUCCCCGAGGACCACGAGGUGCUGCCCACCCUGCAGACAGAGGUGUGGAGCUGGGGCCACGGCGAGCAUGGACAGCUGGGACACGGAGACAACCUGGCCAGACUGCAGCCGCUCUGCAUCAAGAGUCUGAACAACAAGGAGGUGGUGCGGGUGGCAGCCGGCGCUCACCAUUCCCUCGCUCUGACGGCUCAGUCUCAGGUGUUUUCAUGGGGCAGUAACAGCUCUGGCCAGCUGGGACACAUGGAGUCACCGAGCACCGUCCCCCGCCUCGCCAAGCUGUCAGAAGGGAUCCGAGUGUGGGACGUGAGCGCAGGAGAGAGGCACACACUCCUGCUCGCAGACGGAGACUGCAUCCAGCCCAUCAUUUACUACAGCGGGCAGCAGGUGAAGGAGGGCGAGGAGGAGGGGGGUAAUGAGAAGGAGCUGCAUCAGCAGGGAGGAGGAGAGGAGGAAGAGGAGGAGCAGGCGGGGGGCUACACCCAGCAGCCUGUUCUGCUGCCCUUCUGCAUGAAUCUUGGUUAUGUGAGCAGUGUGUUCGCGGGUGGGCGGCGGUGCGUGGCACUCUCUGACAGGAAUGUGAUGGGCUUCAUCGCCAGCCUCCACGAGCUCGCGUCAGCUGAGAGGAGGUUUUACUGCAAGCUGUGUAACAUCAAGUCUCAGAUCUUACGCCCUCUGCUGGAGCUGGAGUCUCUGAGCUCGGCCCUCGGGCAGGUCAUCUUCGGCCUCCUGCAGACACUGGCGAACCUGUUUGGCCGUCUGUGUCACCUGACUGGGCAGCACGCCACCAGCCUCACUGCUAGCCUGCGGCGUUGUCGUGAGGUCAAAAGCCUUCUCAUCUUGGAGCACACCAGUAUUUUCCUCGACUGUUACAACGAUUACUGCAGCGCCGUCGGAAACUUCCAGGUGAUGGGAGGCUUCCAGGCUCUGACCAAACCAUCCAUAGACUUGUUUGGGAAAGGUCCGGAGCUACUCCAGAAGCUGUCAGAGUGCGGCGAGGAGAACCUCACCACAGCCGACCUCCUGGUGGUGCUCUUUUACCUCCCUGCACGCCACCUUCACGAAUACAGCCGGCUGCUGCUCAAACUGGCCACCUGCUUCGAAGUGUGUUCCACUGAGUAUCAGAAGCUUCAGGACAGCUGCUCCAAGUUUGAAGCUUCGGUCUUGCAACUGAAGCGAAAAAGGAAAGAGGCCGACUACACUGUUCACUUCUGGAAGAUCUUUCCUGGAAAAAUGACGGACUCUCUGCGGAAGCCUUACCGGCGGCUGAUCUGCGAGAGCAGCAACAAAGGUCUGACCCUGCAGAAUGCCGGCAGGUUCUCCGUCAACUGGUUCAUCCUGUUCAACGAUGUUUUGGUCCACGCACAGGGCGUGGCGCCUUGUAAAAAUCUUUUCUCCACCCAUCACAUCUUCCCUUUGGCCACGCUGUGGGUGGAGCCAAUCCCAGAGGAGGACACGGGCCUGUAUGGGUUAAAGGUGAUCACUCCUGAGGAGACGCUCACCCUGCUCGCCUCGUCUCCCAUGGAGAAGAUCAAGUGGCUUCGCUCCAUCAACCAGGCGGUGGACCAGGCCCUGAGCGGAAAAGGACAGGACGUGGCGUCAGGCAGCUCAGUGCAGAAGUUGGAGCCUCCCAUCUCCAGAACAGCUUCGUACACGUUUUAUAAGGAAGGGCGACUGAAGGAUGCGACAUAUGAGGGUCGCUGGCUGUCUGGAAAGCCCAACGGCAGAGGUGUUUUGAAAUGGUGUGAUGGGAGAAUAUAUACUGGGGCAUUCAAGAAUGGACUAGAAGAUGGCUUUGGUGAGUUUGUGGCCCCCAAUAAGGCGCUGAACAAGAACGACCACUAUCAAGGUUACUGGAAGGAUGGCAAGAUGCACGGCCUGGGGACAUACAGGUAUGCCAGCGGUGAAGUUUAUGACGGGUCCUUUCAGGAGGGCGUGCGGCACGGUCACGGCAUGCUGCGCAGUGGCAAGCUGAACACCUCAUCCCCCAGCGUCUUCAUUGGUCAGUGGCUGCAGGACAAGAAGACCGGCUAUGGAGUCUUUGACGAUAUCACCAAAGGAGAGAAGUACAUGGGCAUGUGGCAGGACCACCAGCGGCAGGGCACCGGAGUGGUGGUCACCCAGUUUGGCCUGUACUAUGAAGGAGCUUUUAAAGACAACAAGAUGAUG